GCCAGGCUCAUCCCUGGGCUCCCUGGUGAAGCGCUGCAGUUUGAUUCGCCAUUAAACAACAUCAGUAGUAGUGGAAGAAGCAGCGCGGCAGAAUCAGUGGCCCCUUCUGGGGACUGGUAAGCCCCUCUUCCCCCUUUGGGGGUGUGGGCGAAGGGGAGUCCCAGGACCCUGGGGAAGGGAGCGAGGCAAGGAGACCCCUGAGUGGAGGGGGAGAGAUGCCCCAGAUUGCAGCCCCAGCCAGUGAAGGGAGAGUCAAGUCUGGAGCAAUAGCAUGGGAGACCCUAAGGAGGUGGCCUCUGUUCAGCUGACCCUUUCAGGAUCCCCCGUCACAACAUCCACCACCAGGGAGCACAGUCUGCGUAAUAACAGAUGGACAAAGCAAAUAAAACGGAAGAGGCAGGGAUCAUAUUGCAAAUGAGCUGUGUUAUUCUAUAUAUAACAUCUUUUGAUAAUUAAUGAUAAUCAUCUUUUCAAGUAUUCUUGGUCUUUUGGAUUUACGGGCAAGGCCAUCCCUCAAUAUAAGCAGGAGCUCCCUGUCUUCCUCUAUUCUGCGCAAUGCCUCUUUCCUCCUCGGCUCCCGCUUUGAGAGAUCAUCCGGCUGCUUGACUUCCUGAGGGUUAAAAUAAAUGACUCGAGAUUCCUAGAGAGGAAGAGGAGGUGCGGGAGCCUUUGAAGAAAAUGCGGCUCCUCUCCCUCUGACGUCACUUCCUGCCAGGCUCUUCCCUGGACUCCCUGGUGAAGCGCUGCAGUUUGAUUCGCCAUUAAACACCCGCAGUAGAAGAAGUAGUAGCGCCUCAACGGCCCCUUCUGGGGUCUGGAAAAGGGUCUCUAUACAGAACUAGGAACUGAUUUCUCUGAGGCAGAGAGGACCCCAUCGGACCCCAGGCAGAGGCCGCUGGGUGAUGAAAUGAUGUCGGCAAGACCUACUAAAUCAUAUCCCCUUUCUGGUGGAGGAGAAGCUGUUGCUAUCGCCCCAGAUCAGGAUCCAGUGUCUUUGGAGGAUGUGGCUGUGCAGUUCACGGAAGAGGAGUGGGCUUUGCUGACUCCUGACCAGAGAGCUCUGCAUAGCGAAGUCAUGGAGGAGAUUUCUGGGACUCUGUUCUGUCUUGAAGAUGACAAGUGGAAAGCCAAGAGGAAAGGAGAACUUUGUGGGAAAGAGAGACAGGAAAGAGGCAGAUCUGAAAACAGGGAAGAGCAGAGAAGGAAACCUGAAGCAGAAGAGAAAAGCAGAAGUAAAUCUUCCACUUCUCAGGGCAGUGGCUACCAUAAAACUUCCAUCGAAGAAAAAAGAGCAAUGCCUCUCAGUGCCAGCCACAAGGGGAGAUAUUGGCGCACAGAGGAGCUCCUCCUAAUGCUUUCUUCCCUUAAGAAUGCGAGGAAAGCAGAGCGUUUGAUGGGGAGCACCCCCCUUCUGACAGCUCCAAUUUUUCGUGCGGCAGCACGUCAGCUUGGUGACGCGGGAUAUUUGCGCACUGCCGCACAGGUGCGCUCCAGAUUCAAGAGACUGAAAGCGGACUUCUUCACAGCUAUGGAGAAAUUCCAAGGUCCGCCCCCCACGCAGGAAAGACCACCUUAUUUUAAGCAGCUGUACAGUCUGUGGAAGGAAGGGGGGCGUCCUUCAUGGCAGGAUCGCCGGCCAGCGGUGCAUCCACCACCUGAACAAUUGUCCUCGGGAGAGGAGGUGGAAGAAACACACCAUAACUCACCAUUUAUUGUGGUUGACAACCACCCACAUGCUGAACAGGAAGAGACUUCUUCCGGAGAAUGCCCACCAGACAGCCAGAUCCAUUCAAAGAAGCAACCAGGGAUGUAUACUGACAUGUGGACACAAACCGAGAGGGCAGCAGAAUCAACACAGACCACAGUUAUUGAGGAUAUCAUGGGCAGAAUGCAAGUUAUAGAAAGCCAAUUCUUCACUCAAGCACAGCACUUGGAGAUCCGAGUAAAGGCCCUCGAGGACGUCGUGAAACAGAUGCAGAACAUUUUGAUUGCUGGAAUCGACAAGCGGUUGAAAGCGAUAGAGGACUCGUUUUACAGGGCACAAGCAGUGGCAAGGCAGGCUCCUGUGCACCGUUAAAAUGUUUCAGUUAAGAAACAGCCAGAAAGAGUGACUUUUAUAUUUUUGUUUACAUGCCUUUCCUGGAUGCUGAGCGAGCUGGUCAGUUGGCACACAUCGAUCCGGUAUGCCAGUCCCACUGGAGAAAGCCUUUAAGUGUCCUUCCCUGGGUUUCUUUUUUUUUUUUUUGACUAGCCAAAUUUGAUUGUUGACUGCAGUUGACUCCUUGCCCUGCAACGAGCCAUGCUUUGGCUCCUUGAAGGUGCUUUCAUUUGUGUGUCUGAUGGUUCUGAAAAUAUUGACCCUUGGUCAAGACUAGCAGAAGUCUACCUUUUGUGCAAUGCAAUUUCAGUUAAGGUUAGAGUGUAACUUUGUGUUGCACUGGUUCUGACAGUUCCGCUGUGCAGCAAGAACAUGUGCGUUGUUUCCGUCUUUCUGUGUGCCCUGGCUAAUCACAUUCUUCCCCAUUCUCAGAACAGCUAAGGUUUGACUCCCAAUUUGGUUCCCUCUCACAAUGGCAAUUUCAGGUUGUUAAGGUUGUGUUACUAUUAAUGACAACAUGAGUAAGUUUUGUUAGAGCAUCCCUGCUGUCUUUGUUUAUGAUGCUUUCUAUAUUGUUGUAAUUUGAGGUGCGCCGGUAUUUAAACCAGUGAAAGUAAAACUGUGUUUGAAAAAAGGAA